ACUUUUCGCUUCAAUGAUAUCCUGAAAAAGUUUAUAAACAAAGUGAAAAAAUUAUUUAUUAAUCAAUAAGCUUUUAAAACGCUGAAAGAAAAUAAGUUAAACAAGCUAAUAAGCUACAUAUCAUGGAGAAAAACGAAAUGUUUGUUUAAUUAAACAUGAGUUUCUGUAGUUUUCUGAAAGAUGACGACGAGGAUUUUCGAGAUGAUUUUAUAAUUGACGAUAGCUUUUCCAGCGAUUAUAAUGAAGAAUUCAGAACAAAUUCAAGUUCUUCGUCAAUAAAAUGGUCAAUUAAUGCAAGAAAGCAAAAUGAGGAAGAUUGGCUAGAGAUAGAAAAAAUUCUUUAUGGAGAGGAAAAAUUACCUGAAGAUGAAAAGACUAGAGAAGAAUUUGAGAGUUGGAGGAAAGCCUUCCCUCAUUUAAGAAUUGUUGGAAAGAAAAUCGAUUUGCCAGCAAAAAACAUCAGAAAUCCAUUUGACUAUGUUGAUGAAAUAAUUGCAAUAGAUCCGCCUGUACAUAAAUAUCACAGUGAGCCUUUUAGAAUGUUAGAUCAUGAAUUAAAUGAGAAACUAAGCAUUAGAAAAGCACGUCAACCAAGUGGAAUGAAUCAAUCUCGGACAGAAGAUUUAGAAAAACUUCUUCGCAUUACAUCGUCUGGUUUAACAAGGACACAACAGCAACAAUAUGAACGACCACAAUACAGUAAAAAAGUCGUUGACCGUACGUCUACAUUUUUUAUUAAACAAAACAGUUUGGGGAAAAAGUUAUCAAAGAUUCAAGAACACAAACAAUUUGAAAUGAGUCCAUCAGUUGUUCAAUACUCGAAACGUGAAUUGGAUAACAAAUUAUCUUAUUCCGCAUCAUCAUCUUCAAGAAUGGUUCCCAAAGUAAAUGUUAAAUUUCUAUGUAAGAAGCCAGACGUCAUUGAUGACGUAAAAUCAGUCAAAUCGGCGUCGAAGCUUCCGCUUUAUGCUGACGUUACAAACUAUCAACCAUAUAAACAACCAAAACACGAAAUGUCAUCAAAAUCGGCGUCAAUUCAUCAUCAUAAAAUGAAUCAAAAUACAAUUCAGCUACCACCAUUCAACUAUGACUUAGAUUUUCCAAUCAUACAAGGUCGUGGCUAUAACAAUCAAAAAUCCUCAAAAUUCACAAAGCACUAAAAAACUUUUUUCCUUUUUUGCGAUGUUGCUUUUUUAACUUUUUUCAUGAAAAAAACUCUACGUUUAAUAAAUUAUUCAUUACUAUGCUUGUUUGUAGACACCUUUUUCGUAUCGUCUGUGAUAAAAAUAAAUGUAAAUAAAAUCGAUAAUAAAUAGAACUCACUCUGUAAGGAAA